UAGAGGACAUGGCCCAAACAGAUGCCUCAAACACUGGUGUGACAGCAAGAGGGCAUCUGGAGAGAUUUGGAAGAAGUACCACAGUGUUAGGACUCAUAAAGACCACUGAAGUAAUCGUGGAGUUUGAGUGCCUUAAUUGCACACUGCAGAAGCGGACAGAAACAGUGCCUGGUUUGCUCUGCAGCAGAUUGUGUGAGGACCACCCUUAGGGCAAAGAGAACUGAGGAGAAGUUCCAGGAGAUAUACAGCCACGCAACAGAGAUUAUUACCAAGCUAAAUAUUCAGCCCAUAACCAUACCCCACAUCCGCCCUCCACCAAAACACUUCAUUGGCAAUGGCACUACUGCACACACAACCACAACCCCAGAAGAACACUGCAGAGCUGACCUCUUCAAGGUGCUGGAUACUGUGGACAUGCAGCUGAAGGAGAGCAGCAGGUUACCAGACGCUCGAACAGUAUGGUCAGUUCGGUCAGAGUGGGAAGAUUCAGUCUGGACAGUAGAAGCAAAGUUCUGGAGAAGGGCCACAGUCGAACUCGAAGACAAGCGGAUCGGGUGUUGGAUGACGAUGGCAAUGACGUGACUCCCCAGCCUCUGAGCCAGGCGGAUCCUUCAGGAGCGUAUCAGGCCAAAGGCGACCGGUUCUUUGUGGAGGACAUCACUGGUGGAUCAGCCUCAGAACAGGCGGCGGCCACGGGCAGCUUCACCCUGCCCUUCUCCAGGUCGUCAUUCGGAAGCAGCAGAUUAUCCGGCCUGUCUACAAUAGAGUCAAUACAAAAAGAGAUUUUGUACACAUUUUCCAAACGAGACAUGCCCAUUAGCAUCCCAGACGAGCACAAGAAAAGAGACACUGUGGAAGAGGAGGUGACAGAAGAAAUGUUGAAGGAAGUCAUUGACGUCUACAUUUCGGAGACGGACAGCGUUUCACUGCUGGACAUACCCUCCACCGUCAUGUCGGUGGACACUGAUGAAUCAGAAGCUAUCAUAGAGAGAAACCGUCAGUAUGCUGAAGUUUGCAGGAACAGAAUGGGCAACGAUAAGUACAUGGAGCGAUCAAUGCAGACGCUGAGCGGAGCCGCGAAAGACAAACAUGUCCAGAGUGAUGCCGUGGUCAUGGUGAACACAGCUACGUCUGCCAGCACCUGGGACAUAUAUGAUGCUCUGUGCAGCCCUGUGCCACAGAAGACCAACUAUCCAGAGGCGGUUGUGGACAUGAGCAGGAGUGCAGAGAGGAGCAUGUCAGUGGGCAGCACAGCCAGCACGGCCACUGCUGUUAGCUCACUGAAGGAGGUGGACGCGUUUGGCAGCACCUCGGGUGCGGAGUCAGACCUGCAGCUCAUCAUGCAAUCAGAGACAUUCCAAAACUGCUUACUAGUAAUGGAGAAGAGCAUCCUGGGAAACACCUUCCAACCUGACCUGGCUGCUUACAGACAGCUGCCUGUACUGGAAGACCCAGACUUCCCGGUGGGGCAGAGGAAGGAGGAGACCGAGAGCGGUGGGCCUCCAGCUCUGCAGCGUUUGUGGGCGUUCAGCUGUGAGCUCAACAGAGGACGCAGUGUCAGAAGCAUGGCCUGGAACAAGAAGAACACGGACCUCCUGGCUGUGGGUUAUGGUGAAAAUGACUCCGGCGACCUGACACCAGGCCUGGUGUGCUGCUGGUCCCUCAAAAACCCCACAUGGCCUGAGCGUGUCCUCCACUGUGACAGUGCUGUCACCUCUCUAGACUUCUCAGCCAACAACCCCAGUCGACUGGCUGUGGGGAUGCUCAAUGGCAACAUUGCUAUCUACGAUGUGCAGGGUCGAGAACAAAACUCACACGUGGUUAGCAGCAGCGAGUGUCUUAAAAAGCACUUGGGUCCAGUGUGGCAGCUCAGGUACAAUCAACAAGGACUCAGCUUCGCAGGAGAGAAGGUAGAGGAGCUCUUCUCUGUGUCUGCUGAAGGCAGGAUCAGCAGGUGGUUCGAAUUCAACACUGGCCUCGACUGCACAGACGUGAUGAAGCUCAAGAGGAUUCAUAAUACGAAGAAGAAGGCCAGAGGGAACAACACAGAGAAGACAGGGAGUGUUCUGACAGCAAUGACUCCUGGUCUCUGCUUUGACUUCUAUCCAACAGACCCCAGUGUCUACUUGGUCGGCACACAGGAAGGUCUCAUCCACAGUUGCUCCUCCUCCAACAAUCAGCACUUUCUGGAUACUUUCAGGAAACACUUUUGUGCUGUGAACUGCGUCGCGUGGUGUCCACUCAGUCCUGAUGUGUUCCUGAGCUGCUCCUCUGACUGGACCAUCCAGCUGUGGAAACUGGACCAGCUCAACCCGGUGUUGGGCUUCACCUCUAUCCAGAGGGCAGUGUGUGAUAUCAAGUGGUCUCCAAAGUGGGCCACUAUAUUUGGGGCCGUGAACGAGGGACAGCUGGAGAUCUGGGACCUGAAUUCGAGCUUCCUGGACCCCGUCGCUGUGCAGCCCGCUGCCCCUGGCGUGACCAUGAAGUCCCUGCUGUUUACCUCACGUGCAGACUGUGUCCUGGUUGGAGACAGUGACGGACAAGUGACAGUUUACCAGCUCAAAAACCUGCGAGUGGGAGAGAGCAGCCAGGUGGAUAUUCUGCAAGACCUCUGCUCUGAAGCUUCCUCAUAGGGAGAAGUCAUUUUCAAGAUUCAA